AUGUUUAUUCACGUGCUCUUGUACCGGUGUGUCGACAGUUUAAUUAAUUUACCGGUGUUGCUCGAAAUGGUUUACGUCCAGAUUCCAGAGACUAAAACUAUCAUACUCAUCAAACCACCAGGAACGAAAAUCUGCGCAGAAAUGUGUUUACCAUUUUCCACUUUAUCCGCCAAAAGCGUCAUCGAUUCAGAAUUUGGAUGCCCUGAGAUUCUUUACCACAUUAGAGAGUUCUGCAUUAAUAAAAUCAGUUUACGGAUUGCCGAGGUAGACGACUUUAUUGACUUGAGGGCCUACUUGAGACACCGAUUGGACUUUUUGGAUAAUUAUUACGGUCAGUAUAGUUUGGCGAAAAUCCUCGAGUUCCCGGGCGAAGACCGUAUUAAUUUAGUUCCUAAUGUCAAGGUUAAUGGGUUGGUGACUAUAUACACGAAUUUGGACUAUCCUUUUAUGGACAAUGUAUUUGAUUUGUACCAAUACACGGGACUAAUAGAGUUUAAAGACGAAAAAAAAAGAGUAACCGAACCCAAAAUCAUAUUGCGAUUAGCUACAGACCUUUCCAGAAUGAUGGAAAAGGCGAACAUUUCAAAUAUUCAGUCAGAAAUCAAUAUAAAUUUCCAAUAUGAAUUUAUAUCAAAUCAGUUCAAACAACUUACCGAUAAACCAAUGAAACAGUUUUUUCAAAGUAAUAUUCUUCAGAAAGAUAGUGACACAUUUUCUGUAGAACAGGAAUCAUCUCUCAAACAAGACCUCUCCAGCACUUCCGAGAGCGAAAAAAAAAUGCAGUUUUUCAAAGAGAUACACAAUACGGAAAAUAAAAAUAUAAUCAAGGAUUUCCUAAAGUUUCAAGAUAAAGAGUCUAAACAAGCAAAUGAAAUGUCCUAUUAUAUCAGCAGUUCAUAUUAUGAUUCGUCAGAUAACAUGAAUUAUACAAAAAUAGACUAUAAAAGAACUGCUUUUACGAUCGAAUUAAUGUUGAUAGACCUCGACGAAGAAAAUAAAGCCACGUGGGACUAUUUGAUUUCAAUUUUUAUUUAUUUCACCGAAUUUCCUCAGUAUGAAUAUUGUUUAAUGAACUUACUUACAAUUACAACUCCUCCCGAACUUAAAAAGUUUUUUUGUAAUGCCGAUUUGAAACCCAAUCGUACUUAUCCUAUGGGACUUUACAUACUGCAUCGAUCUUUCCUAACUGGAAAAUUCUCUUGUGUAUUAGUUACAAAAGAACAUUUGGAACUUAUGGAACUUAUGAUUGAAAAUCACCCCCUCAAGCAUAUAAUUUCAAAUAAUAUAUCUAAAUCGGUUUUUGAAGAUACGAGAUAUAGAACUUAUAUUUUUCAAUGUAACGAUCAACCCAUUGGAUACUGUGUAAUUCGAUUAAACGAUGAAAUUAAAUUUUUGAAUAGUUACUUUGAUGUGGCCAGUUAUGCGUAUCCCAAACUGGCUCGUAAUCAUAUGGCUAUUUUACUGAAUAUGGAUGUGCAGAGGACAUUUAUUAAGAAAUCUCGUGGUUUGCUUAAGUUUGUAAUGGAAGACAGUGACAUCAAUUGUUUGUUUUAUAAACUUUAUACAGAUCUAACCAUAAUGGAAGAAUGUGAAUUGUCUUACAUUACUGAAAUAAAAGAACUAAUUCCUAUUAAACCUCGAAUUCGCAUUCAAUACGAUCAUGAAAACGUGUCUGGUGACCAUGAAAAGUUUGCGUUAUUUCAUAUAAAUACACGAUUAUGCAGUACUCAAACAAUGUCAAUAGACGCCAAGAUUGUUGUGGUUGGAGCAUCUGUAGUAGCUUUAUCUUUUUUAGAAAGUCUCUUAUUCAACCCAUUUAGUUAUUACAUUAGGUUCUCCGAUAUAGUACUCAUUUCUGAUUGUGGUACACCAUAUCAACGUACUUUAACUGAUUUGGAGGAUCAAAUGAUUCCAAAAGUAGCACACUUUAAUUACGAGUACAUGAUUUCUAUGGGUUUUAAAUCAUUUGUGGAUGUCAUCACCGGCACAGUAACAGCAAUCAACAAAGCCGAUAAAUGUGUAACCGUUAAUGAAGAUGAACAAAUAUAUUACGAUUAUUUAUUUUUAUUCCAUGGUGAACAAUUUGGGUACACUGCUGAGGAAAAUGAAACUAAAAAUUCUACCGAAUCAAUAAACAUUAUUGUACUUGGAAAAUAUUUGGGAUCACUAACUGUGAUUAAUGUUCUUCUCGAGAGCAAUAUUGAUGGAUCUCGAAUAGUUUAUGUUGAAACUUAUGCCAAAGAAAAUAUUCCAUUUAUUGUUAAUAAGUUUAUUAGAAAUGCUGUUUAUAAUGAACUGAAAAAACAAGGAGUGCGUGUGUACAAAAAAUGUGUAUUCGAAAAAUUUACAUUAAGCGAAGAUCGAACGCGUUUACGGAAAGUGACGUUUACAUCGAAUGAUGCUCAAAUUGCGAUUGAUUGUGGUGCAUUGUUUUGGUUCGGCCAGAAGUUAAUUAGUAAAGUGAAUUGGUUUACAAUGUUACAGUCCGCGUUGAAGUUUGAUGGACAUUUAGUAGUGAAUACAUCGUUCGAAACUAACAUCGAAUUUGUGUAUGCUGCAGGACCCAUGACGAGAUUCAUGCAUAAUGAAUAUUUUAUCGUGUCACAGCAUAUGUAUUAUAACAGAUUAGAGAUUGGAGCUCGAGUGGCCAACGUGCUGAUGAAACGCUUGGGAAUUGUCGAAGAUUGCAAAUCAAACGACGAGUACGUUCGUCCACUUUUCGUUUACUGUCAACUCCCCGGAAAGUACAAUUACUUGCACGCCGAAGUGCCCGUUCUGCGAUAUCCAAAGACUGAUACGAGAAAGACAACACUCAGUACCGGGAAUGCUACUGAUGGAUAUUUUGAAAUUCUCGUAGACACUAAUGGCGACGUAGUAGCGUUGUCGUGUUAUUCAAAUAAAGAUAUUAAGUAUUCAAAUCUAAUAAAUUUAUGCGGAAAACACGUGAAUUUAUUCAACGAUAUGAUGUAUCGCUUCAAAACGAAUUCCAUUCCAUGUUUAUUUGAUUAUUUCAACCAGCCUUGGUCGUACCCUUUGUACUCGGAGAAGUUUUGGAAGCUGUUAGACGAGACGAAACUGAAACGAGAUAAUAAAAUUUCCCGGUUGUCGAGGUCAACUUAUUUCGAUAGACGUUUUGAUCAGUUGUACGGAGAAAAAAUAAACACAAUUUUGAUGAACUUCAUUGCUAAUAACGUGGACGAUUUUCCAAUGUUUUCCCAUACCAUUGAUCAAAGGAAAACAGAAGAUGAAUAUAACACGGUUUAA